AUGUUCUACCAGUUCUCGAGAGUGCUCUCACCGGAAGACAAUCCAAUAGCACUGUUUUGCAUAUAUAUCGAUGUCAUUACUGCACAUAUAUAUGAGGACUCUUUGCGAGACAGUUACUAUGCGGUAGAGUUUAAUGUCCUCGACUUUGUCAACAGCAACGGUCGGCUAUUGAACGGAAACUGUUGCAGUGGCUAUAAGUCGAGUGGUCUGUGUCGGGGCGGUAAUGCCACUUGUAGGCCAUACUGGAAGAUAUGUAUAUCGGAACAGCAAAACAAGAUCUCAACCAUUAUUAUGCCUAAAGAGCGCCGAGAAGAACAACUUUCCACUAAAAAGCCAUCUAUUUUUCGAAAUAUUAUCAAUAGGAUAUUCUGGACGUCCUCUACUACUUCGCCCAACGAUAGCAAGAAAGCCGGAACAGGUAAGACAUUGACCAACACGUCGUCAUCGAACUCCUGUUCCAUAGCUUUCUGGAUGACUGAUAUCAUAACAAAUAAUUCAUUGCCCAUCAAAUUGAAGACAAUAAUCAGUUCGCAUAAGUUGUUUAACAAUUCAGCGGAUGAGCUCAAGAGUAAGCAACUACUUGUGCUUAUAGAGGUCUGGCAUAAACAGAAACCCGACACCAAUGAUAAGCUCGUCACCAGAUAUAUUGAGACAAAGAAUAUUAGUAUUGACAGCAAUAGUAUCGAUGGAAGCGAUUGGAAUUAUAAUGGAAAGAGUAGUAGUAUUAGUAGUGCCAGUAGUGGUGGUGGUGGCGGUGGUUACCUCCAGAAGCGGAACAACUCGACAAAUGUACAGUUUUCGUUCAGAUGGCGAAUAACGCCCACAUAUGAGAUAUUUAUGAAUGAGACUCGCGAUGAAAGUCGAUGUCCUGUUGGCUGGAAAGGAGACAACUGUGACGAACCCAUAUGUAUGGAGUCGUGUCAUCCAUCGCACGGAUAUUGUGAACAACCGGGUAAGUGUCAGUGCAAAUUUGGUUGGACAGGCCUGAAUUGUGACUAUUGUAUGACUAUACCCGGGUGCGCACAUGGAUACUGUACAAAACCGUUGGAGUGUAGGUGCGAGGAAGGCUGGACCGGCAUGUUUUGCAACGCCCCUAAAUGUAAGGAUGGCUGCGAUCAGAAAAACGGCUAUUGCAGUGUUCCGGGUGAAUGCAAGUGUAGAUUCGGCUGGGAGGGCGACAACUGUACCCAAUGUUCGACACUUCCUGGUUGUCAACACGGGUCGUGUCACGAACCGUUAGAUUGUAAUUGCAAUGAUGGCUGGGAGGGCAUGUUUUGUUCAACGCCCAUUUGCUCCGUUGGCUGCGACAAACAGCAGGGAUGGUGUCGGCGUCCCAAAGAGUGUCGAUGCAAAAUCGGAUGGACAGGCUCUAACUGUACCGAUUGUGUGCCGUAUCCGGGCUGCGAUCAGGGAUCCUGUAAUACAAACCCGUGGACGUGUGAUUGCAAACCUGGAUGGGGUGGCAUCACAUGCUCAGAACGAUUGGAUUGGUGCGAACUGAACCCGAACCCGUGCACCAAUUCGGGCACAUGUAUUAACGUGGAAAAGGCAGAGGGCAGCUAUCUGUGCAAAUGUGUGGUCGGAUAUACGGGCCGACACUGUGAACAGUUAGCUAACUAA